AUGAUUUUAUUAGAGAAGGACUAAAUUAGUCCAUUGGGGACCUUCUGAAUUGUAACUUUUCAUUAUUAAUCAGAAGAUGUGGGAAUGAGAUAAUGGAAAAUCCUCCAAGGUUAAAAAAAAGAAAGAAAGAAAAAAGAAAGCAAUCUGAUAACUUUUAAAUUGAGUAAAAUUACAGUCCGCUGAUACUAAAGUAAAUGUUAAAAAGUUGUCAUUAAAUGACAAUUAUACUAAACAAUGACAAUUAUACUAAAGAAAAUGAUGCAUUACUAUCCACUUUGUUGCACUAGGCUCUUCCAUCUGACUUUCAGCUGAAACCUCCAGUAUAGGUCUCUUCCUACUUUUGAAUGUUUGCUCCUUGAAAGCCCGAACUGACUUUUUUUUUGAGACUCACAUCUUCCUGUCUGCAAGAGGCUUAGUGACACAGAUCUAAUCUCAUUGCUGUUGGCAUGGAAGCCUUGAUCUGAUCUAUUUUUCCAUCUUGGACCAAUUCACUUCUCUUUAGUCAACCUGAUUGCCCUUGAGGUCCAGAGGCUCACCAUUUUGGGGUUAGAUAUAAUGCCUGCUACUGCACUCAAGCUCAGUAUCAGAAGAACUACAGGUGGGAGCCACCAUGACUGGCCUUACUUUUCUCUUUUUAUCCCUACUACUUUGCACAAUGCUUUGUACAUAUGACCAGAAGAAACGAUGAAGCGAAAAGAAUUAGAAAGUUUUCUGCAACAAGUUGAUGACUUCGAGAAGCCCAAAUUACUUCUGGAGCAGUAUCCGACCAGGCCCCACAUUGCAGCGUGUAUGCUAUAUACAAUUCAUAACACAUAUGAUGACAUUGAAAACAAAGUGAUUGGAGAUCUGGGAUGUGGUUGUGGAAUGCUUAGUAUUGGAGCAGCAAUGUUAGGAGCAGGGUUGUGUGUUGGAUUUGAUAUCGAUGAAGAUGCAUUGGAAAUAUUUAAUAAAAAUGUUAAAGAGUUUGAACUGACAAAUAUUGACAUGAUUCAGUGCAAUGUGUGUUCUUUAUCUGAGACAAUUUCCAAAUCAUUUGACACAAUAAUCAUGAAUCCUCCCUUUGGGACCAAGCAUAAUAAAGGUAUGGAUAUGUCUUUUCUGAAGAUUGCUUUACAGAUGGCAAGAGCAGCAGUAUAUUCUUUACAUAAAUCUUCAACCCGAGAACAUAUACAAAAGAAAGCAGAUGAAUGGAAAAUUAAAAUGGAUGUGAUAGCAGAACUACGAUAUGACCUACCAGCAUCAUACAAAUUUCAUAAGAAAAAGACAGUGGACAUUGAAGUGGAUUUAAUUCGGUUUUCUUUUUAAAGACCCUAAAUUGGAAACAGCUUAAAACUUAUUUAAAAUGAAUAAAAAAUUUUUAUAUCAA